AUGAUACAGGUGCAGCUGCUCUGGGAGGCAGGCCGACGCAAGGAGGCUGUGCUAGAGGCGCGGCAGCAGCUGGUGGCCAACCCCGGCAGCUGGGCCCAUGCCCAGGACUACGCGCGGCUGGUCUUCGAUUUGCCGUUGGAGGGUGAUGUUUGGGCGCCCAGUUUGAAACCUCCGGAGAAAGCCGGGCACGUGUCCGCGAUCUCACCCUCAAGUCUUUGA